AUGCUUUCCAAUCUCACCGUGGACAGCCCAGCCGUAUUCCUCCUGACGGGUAUCCCUGGGCUAGAAAAUGCCCAGUCCUGGCUCACCGUUCCACUGUGCACCAUGUAUAUGGUUGCAGUUCUGGGGAACUGCACCAUCCUCUUCAUCAUCCACACAGAGCCCAGCCUCCACCAGCCCAUGUACUAUUUCCUGAGCAUGUUGGCCCUCUCUGACCUGGGCCUCUCGGUGUCCACCAUGCCCACAAUGCUGAGCAUCUUCCUCCUCAACUCCCGGGAGGUGAACAUCAACGCCUGCAUCGCCCAGCUGUACUUCAUCCACACGUUCUCCCUCAUGGAGUCGGCUGUGCUGCUGGCCAUGGCCUUUGAUCGCUUUGUGGCCAUCCAGCAGCCCCUCAGGUACGCCUCCAUCCUGACGGACUCGACUGUCCUCAGGAUUGGGCUGGCGUUUGCUGUAAGGAGUGUCUUUAUGGUAAUGCCUACCCCUAUUCUCCUUCGCCGGCUGCAGUUCUGCCUUCCCAAUGUCCUCUCCCACUCCUUCUGCCUGCACCAGGAUGUCAUGAAGCUGUCCUGCUCUGACAGAAGGAUCAACAGCAUCCUUGGACUCUUUGUUGUUGUCUCCACCAUGGGCCUGGACUCUGUGCUCAUUGUCCUCUCCUACAUCCUGAUCAUCAGCACGGUGCUGGGCAUUGCAUCCCAAGAUGAGCGUCUCAAGGCCCUGAACACCUGUGUCUCCCACAUCUGUGCUGUCCUGAUCUUCUACAUCCCCAUGAUCGGCAUUUCCAUGAUCCACCGGUUUGGGAAACAUGCUUCUCCCCUGGUGCAUGUCCUCAUGGCUGAUGUCUAUGUGCUGGUGCCCCCAGUGAUGAACCCCAUUGUGUACAGUGUGAAAACUAAGCAGAUUCGGCGGCGGAUACUCCUGAGAUUUCAGAGGCAAAGAUCCCUGGAAGAACACUAA